GAGACGGGGUGACUAGACCACAAGAGCCACUUUGAGGGUCUAGCCACGUGGUACGGUUAAAGAUGGCGACGGCCAAGGCAGUAGAAGAAAUGCGAGGCCGCGUGGUUCUAGGGGAGUUCGGGGUUCGCAAUGUUCAUACCACUGACUUCCCCGGUAACUACGCCGGUUAUGAUGAUGCCUGGGACCAGGAACGCUUCGAGAAGGAUUUCCAUGUGGAUGUGGUACACAUGGAUGAAAACUCACUGGAGUUCGACAUGGUGGGAAUUGAUGCAGCCAUUGCCAAUGCUUUUCGACGCAUUCUAUUAGCUGAGGUGCCAACCAUGGCCGUGGAAAAGGUUCUGGUGUACAACAACACAUCCAUUGUCCAGGAUGAGAUCCUUGCUCACCGGCUUGGGCUCAUUCCCAUUCAUGCGGAUCCUCGUCUUUUUGAAUAUCGAAACCAAGAAGAUGAAGAAGGCACAGAGAUAGAUACUCUGCAGUUUCGGCUGCAAGUCAGGUGCACUCGGAACCCCCACGCUUCUAAAGAUUCCUCUGACCCCAACGAACUCUAUGUGAACCACAAAGUUUACACCAGGCACAUGACAUGGGUGCCCCUGGGGAACCAGGCUGACGUCUUCCCAGAAGGCACUAUCCGACCAGUGCACGAUGACAUUCUCAUUGCUCAGCUGCGGCCCGGCCAGGAGAUUGACCUGCUCAUGCACUGUGUCAAAGGCACUGGCAAAGAUCACGCCAAGUUUUCACCUGUAGCGACAGCCAGUUACAGGCUCCUGCCCGACAUCACCCUGCUUGAGCCUGUGGAAGGAGAGGCAGCUGAGGAGCUAAGGCAGUGCUUCUCACCUGGUGUUAUUGAGGUGCAGGAAGUCCAAGGUAAAAAAGUGGCCAGAGUUGCCAAUCCCCGGCUAGAUACCUUCAGCAGAGAAGUCUUCCGGAAUGAGAAGUUGAAGAAGAUUGUUCAGCUGGCCCGGGUUCGGGAUCAUUACAUCUUCUCUGUUGAGUCCACAGGGGUAUUGCCACCAGAUGUGCUGGUGAGUGAAGCCAUCAAAGUCCUGAUGGGAAAGUGCCGGCGGUUCUUGGAUGAACUAGAUGCGGUUCAGAUGGACUGAAGUUUGCACUGGACACUUACUGGGAUGGCUAGGCUUGGAUGCUCCUCUCAGGCAAGCUGAAGAUUUUGGGUUCUGACCUACACCCACAGGACUGCUGUACACAGCCCAGUGUAACUGAGGAUCCUGAAUUUUCAUGGACAACUCUAGCUUUAUUUUCAAUCAAUACAUUUUGUUAAAUGUGCCUGUUACGCCUUUGUAAGGCCCUUCUUUCAUAUAAAUAAAUCAUGUCAAACAAAAAUACUUCUCUCACACCACUUCUUGAUUUUUGGUCCAAAAAUAUGAGGCUUUAGAACAGUUUUGCUCAUUUAGCAGUUAAGAACACUGGGCUCAGAUGUCAGUGCAGGUCAGGACCAAGCCUCCUGAGGAAUUGGGAGUGGUUUCUGGGGGCACAACCAAACUCUAAGAGAGAUCCUCAAAGAGCCAAAGUGAAUCUACCACUUCACCUAUUGCCUGGAUUAUCAGGGGGAAGUUCCUGAUAGAAAAAAGGGUGGUCACAUUGCUAUCAACAGCUACAUGAAAGAAACAGCAAUUCCCUGGGCAGUAGUUUACAGGUCUGGUCCAG